UCCGUCAAACGUUAUUCAUUAUUGGGAUAAUAAACUGAGUCACUUCAAUUUUAGCUUAAUUGCAACUAGUCCUCUGAAUAAAGCUGUCGUUAAUAGGUUUUGUUGAUAAAGACUUCUAUUAAUCUUCAUUGUGAACCUCGGUCACAAUCUAAAUUUCGAGCAGUUAACUGACUAAAGAACAAUAACGUAGUUUUAUAAUUUCGCAUCUAAUAUCGUUAUUAAUGUUUAAUCGGCGAAGUAAAAAAAAAUUGUGUUGUGAAAUAACAGAUUAAAAAUUUUAUUAGACUCCUUGUUUUGAACACUAACUGUUUAACAUGGAUCGAAAAGCAGGUUGCUCUCUAGCGGCUGGGACUUCACAACCUCCCUGUAAGCGUCGUCUAUCGAACAACUCAGCUGAUUCAACAAAACAUAGACAGCCAUGUUCAUGCAAAACAAAUGACAAAACUAUCAGACAAGCACAACAUUUUGAAUAUGAUUGUAAUGAGCCACAAAUACCAGAGUUAAUUGAAAUUUCCGACGACGAUGAUGGAAAUAACGAAGCUAUGCAACAUGUACAUGUCCCUAUUAUUACUCAUAGAAAAGGGACUGAGGAAAGCAGCACAAAUGAAAAUCCAUCGGAUGCAACCCACGACAAUAAUACAAGACUUCAGGAUUUCAGGACUUCAGGACUUCAGAAAGCUCUGGAUAAAUUAUUACCGGGAGCUUUGGAUAAAUCAUUAACAGAAGUUCUGGAUAAAUCAUUAGCAGAAGCUGUGGGUAAAUCAUUAGCGGAAGCUCUGCAUAAAUCAUUAGCAGAAGCUCUGGGUAAAUCAUUAAUGGAAGCUCUGGAAGAAUCUUUAACGGAAGCUCUGGGUAAAUCAUUAGCGGAAGCUUUUGUUAAAUCAUUAGCGGAAGCUCUGGAUGAAUCAAUAGCGGAAGCUCUGGAUAAAUUAUUAGCAGAAGCUCUGGAUAAACCAUUAGAAGAAGUUCUGGGUAAAUCAUUACCGGAAGCUCUGGGUAAAUCAUUGCCGGAAGCUCUGGGUAAAUCAUUGCCGGAAGCUCUGAGUAAAUCAUUGCUGGAAGCUCUGAAGAAGCAAAAGGAUACUGCUUCGAGUACUGACGAAGAGGAUGAAUCUGAAACAGACAGUAAUGAAACUAUUAAAUUAGGUGACGACGACGUAACUGUUGAAAAAUCUAAACAAAAGAAUGAAAUUCCUACUUUUGAACUACCCCCUGAAUACGAUCCAGCCGACUCCAGGUGGACAUUGAAGCAUAAGAAAUAUAGCCUCGAACUUAAGGAACUGAUACCCGAAAGUGGCGUGUACAUAAAUGCUAGUUCCUUUGAAUACAUUAAAACGUUAGCGAAGAAUGCUUCAGAUUUAGUUCGCCGGCUGAUGCCAGAGAUAUUUUGCGACCCAGCCUUGAGAGUUUGCAGUUUAAAAGGUGAAGCAAGAGUUUCCUAUCCCAACAUUCGUAGACCUGGCUUAGAUGAUAAUGCCGUCAGAACGAUAAUUAGAUUUGUUGAUGAAUACGGCGCAAAAAAAAACUGGGACAAGUGUGGGACAAACAUUCAUUCAGUUAUGACUCACAGGUUAUGUAUAUUACACGCACAGAAAAAAAAUACAGACUCCCCGCGGGGGAAAAAAUAGGCAAUGCUUAUUAUAUCCUUGGGUUAUUUUUUUGAAAAUCAAUACUUAAUUAGAAUUCAUAUUGUUUUUAUUCAAAUGUAAACAUGUCCGUUUUAAUUAUAAUUAGUGUAUAUCUCUUCCAGACCUCGGGACUACAGAGUCCCGGAUUUUUGGGAGGCGAACGUGGAACGUGAUUAGUGUAUAUUAUUAUUAUAUACUAAUACGCUUAUUUUUAUAAUUAAUUCUGUAACGGACCUUUCUCCCGAACCUUUUCCCAACUAACUUAUGGUCGGCUUCCAGUCUCACUGGAUGCACCUGAGUACCAGUGCCUUACAAGGACGACUGCCUAUCUGACCUCCUCAACCCAGUUACUCGGGCAACCCAAUACCCCUUGUUUAGACGGAUGUCAGACUUACUGGCUUCUGACUACCCGUAAGGACUGCCAAGGAUGUUCAAUGACAACCGGCACCUUCGGUUUAACGUGCCAUCCGAAACACAGUCAUUGAUGUCUUCGAUACGUAUUAAGUACAUAAAAACUUAGAAAAGUUGUAUUGGUACUUGCCUGACCUGGAAUCGAACCCACGCCACUUGAGAGAUUGGUUCUUUACCCACUAGCUAGGCCACCAAGACUUUCCGACGACUGCUCUGUAUGAUCAGACACCAAAAAAUCGGUGGACUUAAUAUUCUCUAGUAUAUGUAUUUUGAAGUUAUACUCAGUUACCAAAAGGCUGGCUAUUACCUCGGGCAAAGGAUCAGCAUGGCGAUCCAACGAGGUGAUGCUGCCAGCCUCUUGGGCACGCCCCAGUCGACCAAAUUUUUUGAUGCUUUUUAGUUUUUUUUGGUUUUUUAAUAUAAUAAAGUUUUUAAUUAAAAUGUAAAUAUGAUAAACCCAUAUAAAAAGUUUU